AUGGGUUUCCAUUUACAUUUCAUCGAUUUGCAUUAUAUUGAUUACUAUCAAUUUUUGCUGAUUAUGAUCAAAGAAGUUCCUCCAUCUAGUUUGACGGAAAAUAGCUACCAGCCGGAUUCUCAGAUUUCUCGGAAGAGACGAGUUGGCAAAGCAUGCGAUUCGUGCAGAUUAAAAAAAACCAAAUGCUCUGGGAAGCAGCCAUGUGAGAAAUGUACUGCAGACAAUAAGAUUUGCAUUUAUACCGAACGCAAGAAGUCUAGAGAUAAGGUGUAUUCUUACGAUUAUGUGGAGAUGAUGGAGAAACGACUCUGCGUGCUUCGCAAGGCCUUGUUAAAGCUGUGUGAGAUAGUAAGGACAGAUGAUACAGAUGAGAUGACCACUUUCAAGCAGGGAUUGGAGGUUGAAGAGUCUUCUAAAGGAGAUGUGGCACUCUCUAUAAACAACGUUGUUUCGUUAUUGAUUAAUAAGCAAGAAUUGGACCAUGAUCUUGGUAUGCAGAAUGAAUUUUUUACGCGAAUAGAAGCUGCCGAGCGCUUGGCCCUAAAAACGGAAGACCCCAGCGAAAAGAAAGGAAAUAAGCUGAAAAGACGCAGGUGCAGAAAAUCCCUUAAGUUGCCUAAACGGGAAAGAUCGGAUUUAUCGAUUGAUACCGAAGCGGAGAAAUCCCAUUUUUCUAAGGUUGUUACGCCAUCAACAACAUCUACCAGUAAUUUUUCUGUUCCGAGAUUUGCUGCUUCGACAUCAGGGUCCACACUUUCCACGGGGUCAUCCGGGUCGGAUUCAAUAAAUUCAUUAGCAUCUCCUACAGAGAGUCUUUUUUCAGACUCACUCUUCUCUUUCAAUUCAGAAACAAUGCUUUCCCCACAACUCAACAAAAUAAGCGAAGAUGAAACCCCAGAAAACUCACUGAUGGAUCUAAAUAUGGAUCUUUCACCGUUUGAUUCGGGUGCUCAAUUUGCAACCGCUGCAAUGAACGGAUACUUCAGCACCAGUGGUAAAACCAGUGCGAAUGAAACAUCGGAUGAACUGACCGGUGAAGGAAGUCUAAGCGGCUUUUCUACAAUGUCAGCGAAUUCCUUUCAACAGCAAACUAAAUCUUCAUCACCGUCGUCCUUUGGCGAUGCUUCAUCCAUAGUGCUGAAGAAUUUAGUCACUGAUAACUACUCCAACCAGGCUGUAAUAAGUCCUAGGGAACUCAGCUUCUUUGACACAACAUCAACUCCCGCUGAUAUACCCAAUUCCAUGCGCAAAACAGUUUCUCCUCUGAGACAUAACUUUGUCCAUGGUCAUUCUCAUCAUUCCUUUUCGAUUAAUCCACAUCCUUAUCUGAUGGGAUCUGAUGCAAAGCCAGACACACCUCUGGAGUUUAGUAUUCAUAGCAAAGAGUUGAAUUAA